AUGGAGAGAUUGAUUCAUUGGGGAAUCGGUGCCGACGAAAAGUAUUCGAAACUACUCUACGAAAAGAACAAGUAUGAAACAGCGUGUACAUGGAUUGAAUGGCUGAUUCACGGGUUUCCAUGGUUCGUUGUCGCCGCUCUUGGAUUGAUCGUGGCAUAUGGCAAAAAUUUUGAUGAAAUGACACAGUAUGGUUUGGUAGUUUUAAACAUAGGGCUGUAUUUCGAUCUGAUCUUCAUUGCUGUCAUCAAAUUCUACAUUCAUCGGGACCGGCCACUGAAGACUUAUUCGAAGUAUAUUGAAUACACCGUCGACAUCUACUCCUUCCCAUCCGGUCAUUCUUCUCGAGCCGCUAUGCUCAUUGUCAUGCUAUAUAAUUUCUCUCCAAUGUCUGCCGUGCCGUUCAUUCCGUUGCCGUUGAUUGUUGGGCUGUCAAGAGUUGCUUUGGGCCGACAUUAUAUCACAGAUGUUCUUGCUGGAAUUGUCAUCGGAUUCAUGGAAGGUCGACUCAUGCUCACUAUCCCAUAUGCAGUCAACACUGUGUUUCGCGAAUUACUCAAAUGA